AUGAAAUAUGUUAUGUUUGCAAGUCAAUAGGAUGUAGAUGACAUUACAAAAUAUUCCUCAAACACUAAUUGCUUAAAUUUAGUCGAUUUUUAAUUAUACGGUCGAAAAUACUUAUCAGGAGAUAAUUGUAUUUCAGAUUAUGAAAUGACAAUACAAUAUACUCCUUAAAAUCCGAAAAGAUAGAUAUAUGGAUUCUUUUUUAUGUUUUCUUUUGUUGUAAAAUUUAAUCCAAGUACUCGAAUUUAUCCAAAAGUUAACAUAAAUAAUGUCGAAUAACAAGGCGAUUUUUAUUAUUAAAUAGAGUAAGAAUAUUCUGAAACUAUUUCUGUUGUGAUGUAAAAUUUCACAAAUGUAGUAGAUAGUUUAAAUAUUAAGUUAACACCAAUUAGCAUUCAGGCAUAAUAUAAAACUUAUAUUUAAUGCUAAGUAAAUUGUGAUAAAUGUGAUUAUAAUUAAGUAUGCUUAUAAUGUUCUUCUGGGUUUUAUUAUUAGCAAGAUACAAACUAGUGCGUAAGUUCUUGUAAUAAUAAUUAAUUUGCAAAUUAAUAGAAUUAAUGCCAAUUAUGUGAUAAUAACUGCGCAAGUUGUUCUGGUUCUAGCUCAAAUAAUUGCUUAUCAUGUAAUCCUGGAAAGUAUUAUAAUUAAGCGACAAACUAAUGUAUUUGUGAUCCAAUCUGUAAAACUUGUGAUGGACCAAAUUCGAAUAAUUGUUUAUCAUGCUAAUAAGGAAAAUAUUAUAAUUCAACCACAAAAUAAUGUAUUUGUGAUUUGACUUGUAAUACUUGUGAUGGUCCAAAUAAUAAUGAUUGUUUAUCUUGUAAUCCAGGAAAAUAUUAUGAUUAAGCGACAAAAGUAUGUAUUAAUUGUGAUCCAACCUGUAAAACUUGUAAUGGACCAAAUUCGAAUAACUGUUUAUCAUGCUAAUAAGGAAAGUAUUAUAAUUAAACCACAAAAUAAUGUAUUUGCGAUCCAACCUGUUAAACUUGUGAUGGUCCUGGCUAAAAUAAUUGCCUGUCUUGUAAUUCAGGAUUAUUUUAUUAGUAAGCUUCAAAUCAGUGUGUAUAAUCCUUUGUGCAAGUUGUGAUGGAAUAAGUUCAAGCAAUUGUUUAAGUUGCAAGCCCAACAGCUUUCUCUACAAUUAAAAUUGUGUUAGUCUUUGUCCUAAUGGGUUUUAAGUGUUAGACUUGCUAUAGCGAAACAAGAUAAAUGGAUGCUAAAAGUAAUAUAUGUGUUUGCAAAAACUAAAAUGAUUUAAGGAAUACAUUUUAUUAAUGCAGCUAUCAAAAUAUUGCUCUUGUUGAUGCAACAUUAAGUGCAACAUCCCCAAAGCUUACUAUUGAUUUUGGAUCUCCAUUGAUAAAUAUCAUAUCAAAUUCACCUUAGUCUUUAUGCUCUUAGAUAUUUGAUCAAGCAACCUUAGGCAUAAUUGGGUUAGAAUCUUAAUGCGAAAUCAAAAAAAAUAACAUUUUCGUUUAUUUAAGUGACUCAUCAACUAUAAUGGAAAAUAAUUCAAUAAAUAUUUUGCCAAAUAAGUUGCAGUUUACAGAUUAUAGUGGACAAUUCAUAAAUGUAUUUUAUAGAAACAUUACUUUCUAAGAUCCCCCUGGAAUUCCUUAACUUUAAUUUAGCUAUAAUCAUAUAGAAAACAGCUGUAACUCUAUAAAUAUAACUCUUUAUAGUAUUUAAAAUGAUGCAGGAAGAAAAUUUAUGAGUCUAAAUUGGACUUUAAAUCAAAUAGUAGGCUCCAUAAGCAACGAUCAAUUUAUGAGCUUGAGUUAUUAUUUUUAGUUUUACAUUGAGGUAUGUGAGUUAGGUCAAAUAACUUAUUUUAAUGAGCCUAUUGAUUUACAAUUAGUUUCAAACCAGCUUUAAAAGUAAAGUCUAAGUCAAUAUAAUUAAUCAAGCUUUCAAUACGAUAUUCUCCCUUACUCCUUAGCAUCUAACUAAACCUUUAAUAUGAGUCUGGUUUUGAAUUUGAGUUCUGAUAAUAAGGUUACUGCCAUUCAAAAUAUAUCAGUCAAUGUUUAAAUUACAGAUUUGUAUUUACAAAUUAUUGGGGGUUCAAGUCUUGUUUUAGGUUAUCAAAAUAAAAUGGUCUUAAAUACAGAAUCAAGGGAUUAUGAGAUACAAGAUCAUAACUCUGUUUCAAAUAUAAAUUUUAGUUGGAAGUGUUUUAGUCUAUCCUCUAUUGACCAUAUUUGCUAUGAUUACUAGGACAAGUAGAUUUAAUUACAACAAGGAGCCAGUAGUAUUUCAUUUCCUGCUAAAACCUUUUAACCAUAUACUGCAAUUUAGCUUACUGCUUUUGGAUAAAAAGAUUCUAGGCAAUCAAAUUUCACCACCACUUGUAUAUUCACAGAAUUAGAUAUACCUCCACUAAAAGUUUUAUUUAGUUCAACACCCAUUAAUCAAAAAAUAAAUUUAAAUGAUGAUCUUAAUUUUUAAAUAAUUUAUGGUGAGAACAUUUCAUCAGAUUACUUGUCUUAUUCAGGAGCUAUAAUAUAUGAUAGUAAUGCUGUUGCCGCAAUCAAAUUUGACUAUUUCCAAAUUAGAUUCAGAAUUUGGAAUUAUUUUUAAAAAAUCGAUCCUUCAAAGAUAACACUUUAAAUAAGAUUUUCUGUGUAUAAUCCAUUAUUUGUUUUACCAAGCUUGUCUACAAUUAACAUUUAAAUUAAUAUUCCCCCUCAAAAUUGUGUUUUAAAUGUAAACCCAUUAUAAGGCAUAUCCUUAGAGACUAUCUUCUAAAUUUAAUUAUUAAAUUGUUAAGAUGAAGACCUUCCUUUAACUUACUAGUUCUUCUAUUAUAAUAGUGCAGAUGAUGCAAAUUCAGAAUUAGUUUCUCCUUGGAAUAUAUUAAGAAGAUAAAUAUAAGAUUAGACUAUAAACAAUUCAAUUUAAACUAUACUACCUCAAGGAAAUCUAGUUGUGAUGGUACAGGUCAUGGAUUCUUACCUAGGAGUUUAUAACUCAUCUUCUAUAGUAUAGGUUCAAGCUUAGAAUAAAUCAGUCGACGAAUAUUAUAAACUUGUAAAUUAACUCACUUCAUAAUCUUUAUAGAGCUCAAAUAUAUAAAUCACUAGCUAACUAGUGACUUUAAGCAUUAUAGCAGAAGACAUCAGUAAAAACAAUUAACUUUCAUAGCAAUUGAAUGAUUUGGUAGGUCUACUGAUUUAAAAGAUAUAACAAUUAUCUCUCUAAAUACCUUAAUUCUCCCUUUUGUCUACAUUUGCAAACAAGGUAACUGCUUAGUUAUCAUAGCUAUUCUUUAACUCAUCAUACUAAAACAAUGUUACAAUAUUGAAAAAUAAAAUAUUUGCUUAUCUAUAAACAAUACUAUAAAAUACUAAUUCAAGCAUACAAAAUAGUAAUCUUAGUCAUUUACAAUAAAAUAACGAUAUCCAAAUUUAAAAUAUGGUGGAUUCUUUUAAAACUUUAAACUCAAGCGUUAGUUUGUAUAGUAAUAACUCAUAUGAAGAUUUUUAGUCAUAUGAUAAAAUAUCAACUUAGAUUGGAAAUCUGCUUAACAAUAUUAGUUUACCAAACUAAGGACAAAUUACUCUAAAUGGUGACUUAUCAACUCUUUUGUCAGAUAAAAUAACAUAGAAAAACCUAUUCAAAUACGUUAUAAAUAUAAAUGAGAAUUCUGAAAAUUAAACUAGUGUAUUUAGCAUUACAAGAAAUAAUUAUAAAUAAAAUAUUUAUGAAAAUACUUCAUAUUUUUAGGCAUACACAUAAAAAUUCAAAAAUAUUAGUUAAAACUUCACUUACUCUAAGAAUGAAGUAAUAUCACCAUAGAUUUAUAAUUCGUCUUCUUAAAAAAUCUUAAAUCAGUCUAACAUAGUUUAUUAGUUUAAUGAUGCAAAUUCUAGUAAGCUAUAUAAUAUGACAUGUCUUUAAUAAAAUGAUCUUUCAUGGAGCAAGUAAAAUUGUGGUAUCAGUAUGAAUAGUUAAAAUAGUUACAUGUGCUUAUGUGCAUCUUAAAAACCAACAACUAUCAUUGAAGAUAUUGAUGACAUGCUCUUAAAAAAUAAAAAUCUAUAGACAGUAUUUGGAGAAUAAGGGUUAUAAAAUUUAGCAAGCUUUGAGAAUUUUUAUAUAUUCUUAGAUAAAUAAACAGUAUAAAAACGAUACUCAUAAAUUCAUAAUCAAGAACUAAAUACAUAAUUGUAAAAUGAAUAAUAAGACCAGUAAUAAGUCGAUGAAAAUAACUAAAAUAUUUGUGAAAAUUCUUAAACAAUAAAGAAUGAUGUAUUCCAUGACUCUCCUUUUAGUCUUUAGUUUAAAAGUAAUGAUAACAUCUAACCAGAUAUUUAAUAAAAUCAAUAGAUUUUAUCACCUAUUGAUUAAAAAAGAGGAAACUUGAAUCAAGUUUAAGAAGAAAAUAUUGAAAUGAACUAAUAAAAGGUUGAAUCUAAUGAAAUACAAAUAACUAAAUAAUAAUCAAGUUGUAAAAGUGCUGAAAAAAUCUAAACUCAAACAUAAUCAUAGACCUAAAAAAAGGAAAUUUAGAAUGAAGAUGAAAAAUAAAAAAUUAAUGUUUAUUUGUAGUAAUAGCCAUAAUUAACAGCUCAUUGA